CCCAGCAUGGUGAAGAAGGUGGCCGUGAUCGGUGCCGGGCUUUCGGGUCUGACCAGCAUCAAGGCCUGUUUGGAAGAAGGUCUGGAGCCCACCUGCUUCGAGAGCAGCCGUGACAUUGGUGGUGUGUGGAGGUUUAAGGAGGAGCCGGAGCCGGGGCAAGCCAACAUCUACCAGUCAGUGGUCAUCAACAGCUCCAAAGAGAUGAUGGCCUUCAGUGACUUCCCGCCUCCUUCUUACUUCCCAAACAACAUGCACCACUCUGAGGUGAUGGUCUACCUGAGACUGUACGCUCAGACCUUCAGGCUGCUGCAGCACAUCCGCUUGCAGACUGCUGUGGUCAGCGUGAGGCCAACUCCAGAUUUCGCCACCACUGGUCAGUGGGAGGUGCAGACUGAGGGACGUGACGGUCAGACGCAGAGUCACAUUUUCAAUGCUGUGAUGGUUUGUACGGGGCACUACACCACACCUCACCUGCCGCUCAAAGACUUCCCAGGUAUAGAGAGCUUUGAAGGCAAGUAUUUCCACAGCUGGGAGUACCGCAGCUUCGAGGGCCUGCAGGGGAAACGUGUGGUGGUGAUCGGGAUUGGGAACUCGGGAGGCGACAUUGCUGUGGAUGUCAGCAGAGUAGCUGAGAAGGUGUUCUUUAGCAGCAGGAGUGGAGCAUGGGUUAUGACCCGUGUGGGGUCCGGCGGCCUCCCGCGGGACCUUUUGGGGAACUCUCGGAUAGACGUCAUGAAAAGAAGGCUCUUUCCGAGGUGGAUCAACUGGAUGGCGGAGAAGAAGCUCAAUCAAACGUUUGAUCACACACUCUAUGGACUCAAACCAAAACGCAGCUUCUUUUCCCAAAGAAUUGUUGUGAACGACGACCUGCCGGCUCGCAUCAUAGCUGGUCGCGUACAGAUGAAGCCAAAUGUGAAAAGUUUCUCCGGUUCGGCUGUGCUGUUUGACGACGGGAGCAUCAUAGACAAGGUGGACGUGGUGGUGUUCGCCACAGGCUACAACUACAGCUUUCCCUUCCUGCCUGCCAGUCUUCAAAGCAAAUGUGGCAGACAUCGUCUCUACAGGCGCGUGUUUCCGCCCGGCCUGGCUCCGCCAACGCUGGCUGUGGUCGGCUUGAUCGACGGCCGUGGCGCCAUCAACGUGCUGUCUGAAAUGCAGGCUCGCUGGAGCACGAGGGUCUUUAAAGGUUUAAUAAGCCUUCCCUCAGAGGAGACCAUGAGAGAGUACCUUGACAAAGAAAUGGCAACCAUGCGUCAAGACUUCACCUAUGAGGAUAAGAACCCCCUCCAGGUGGAUGUCAUCCCUUACCUGGACUCACUAGCCAAGCAGGUAGGGGCUUUACCAAACCUUUGGUGGCUCCUCUUGACGGACCCCAGGCUGGCAUUCCACGUGUUCCUGGGCCCGUGCACUUCUUAUCAGUACCGUCUGACAGGGCCUGGGAAGUGGGACGGAGCCCGACAGGCCAUUCUCACUCAGUGGGAGCGUGUCUUUCAGCCUUUCCAGACCCGAAAAGCGGCACCAGAGGCCAAAAGCAGACCUUCUCCUCACGGGCUUUGCAUCAUCAUGGUGGUUUUCUCAGGAUUUGCUCCAGGAGCAGACGCUGAUCACUUCAAGACCCACUACUGACCGCCAGUAUUGAUAUUUGAACGACUGAUAAUCUCAAAACUAGUAGCACUUCACCUAUAGCACAUGUCCUCACUGUCAACCCAUCCACAGUCCAUCAUGGUGAAGAAGGUGGCCGUGAUUGGCGCCGGGCCUUCGGGUCUG